UCAUCGCCGCGAUGUUUCUCUACUCCGGAAUCGCCCUAGGCCUCGUACUGGCCGUCAUCUUCAGGCAGUUCAGACCACAUGGAGGCAAGGAACCCCCCUCCCUGUCCGGGUGGAUGAUCACCAACACCUACCAAUACAUGACCGACAUGCAUGGCUUCCUGCAGCGAGUGGCAUCCGCCCAGCGCCGCAGCAACAUUAUCAAGUUCCGCCUCGGCCCCAAGAAGAUCUACAUGGUCUCGGGCGAGAAGAACAUCCAAGCGAUCAACACCCCCUCGCACAGCAUCAGCCCGGAGGUCUUCUUCCUCGACGUGAUGGCCAACGUCUGGGGCGCCAAACCCACCGAGCUGGUGAAAUUCCGCCAGGACAAGUCCGGCCGCCGCAAGAACCCCAUCCCCGGCCACGAGCUCCCUCCCGGCGAGCCGCGUCUCUGGCACGGCCAGCACCACAUCUACUCGGAGUUCCUGCAGCGCACCAAUCGGGCCAAUUUCCUGACCACCAAAUACUUCGACCUGUUCUCCGACAGGCUCGUCCGGCAGCCCCUGGACGAGUGGCGCGAGGUCCGGCUGUGCGACUUCUUCGAGAGCGAGAUGGCCGAGGCCGCCCUGGAGGCGCUGAUGGGCCCGCGCCUCGUCGAGCUCAACCCGGGUUUCUGGCCGAUGAUGUGGGAGUUUGCGCGCAUCGCGCCGCAGCUAAUGUGGGGGCUGCCGCGGUGGAUGAACCCAGGGCCGUGGAAGACGCAGGCGGAGUUCCAGGCGAUGUGUCGCCGGUAUAUCGAUGCUGCGGCCAAAGCGUUCGACCCGACGGGCCCCGAGGCGGACGCGGAGUGGGAGCCGCAGUAUGGGUCGCGGAUGGCACGCGAGCUGGUCAAGUGGGCGACGGAGAAUCUGUCGCCGGAGACGACGGCGGGCAUGGUGGCCACCUUCAUCUUUGGGACCAACGCCAACUCCGUCCCCAUGUCCACCUGGGCCUUGAUGCAUCUGGUCGCCGACCCGGCGCUGUACCGCGCGGUGCGCGACGAGUGUCUCGCCGCCAGCACGACCGACCCCGUCACCGGCCGGCGGGGCUUCGACCCCCAGAAGCUGUUCGGCAUGCCCCUGCUGCAGUCGGUGUACAUCGAGACUUUGCGGCUGCAUGUUUCGAUCAAUGUCACUCGCGAGGUCACCCAGCCCAUCACCCUGGACGGGUUCCUCUUGACGCCGGGGUCGUUGAUCCAGGCCCCGAGCCAGGUCGGCCAGUACAACGAGGGGGUGUGGAGUGCGCCGGGCCAUCCGGCCUCGGAGUUCUGGGGCUAUCGCAACCUCAAGCGUGAGAGUGAGACGCCGGAGUUUACGAUGGCAGGCAAGACGAGCUCGUUCUUUCCGUUUGGCGGCGGACCGUCCAUCUGUCCCGGUCGGGUAUUCGCCAAGCAGGAGAUUUUGAUGACCAUCGCGGCUCUCGUGACUCGGUUCGAGAUCGAGUUGAUUGACUGGAUUCAUCCGGAUGGAACCAAGUCGGAUCGACCGGCGCAGAACGAUCAGUCGCUCAUCGGGGCCGUGGGGAUUCCGCCGGAUCGGGAUAUGAAGGUGAGGUGGAAGCGGCUGUGGUAG